CCAGGACCCUCUACAACCACAGCCAAACCAGCACCCAUAACACCAGUACCCUCUACAACCACAACCAAACCAGCAACCACAACACCAGGACCCUCUACAACCACAACCAAACCAGCACCAACCACAACCAAACCAGCACCCACAACACCAGUACCCUCAACAACCACAGCCAAACCAGCACCAACCACAACCAAACCAGCACCCACAACACCAGUACCCUCUACAACCACAGCCAAACCAGCACCUACCACAGCCAAACCAGCACCAACCACAACCAAACCAGCACCCACAACACCAGUACCCUCUACAACCACAACCAAACCAGCAACCACACCACCAGUACCCUCUACAACCACAACCAAACCAGCAACCACACCACCAGUACCCUCUACAACCACAACCAAACCAGCAACCACAACACCAGUACCCUCUACAACCACAGCCAAACCAGCACCCACAACACCAGUACCCUCUACAACCACAGCCAAACCAGCACCCACAACACCAGUGUCCACCACAGCCAAACCACCACCCACAACAUCAGCAGUGCUCUUCAGCCCUGAAGAACCCACCUUCCUGCGCCUAACUUCAUCUUCCAAAGACCAAAAAGGGCAGAGCUCUGCUUUCCAGAACUCCCUCUCAGCAGGAGCCCUGGACACCGAAGAACUGGAGACAAACUCGGACCAGGCAAGCGUGGAUCAGCCCACGGCUGGAGCCCCCAGUCCCUGCAUGGGGCUUUGGCUCUUCCUCCUCCCCAGUGUCAUCCUGGUCGGCCUUCUGCUUUGA